GCAGCAGCAUCUCUCCCCAUUCACCAUUGCUAGAUAUUUUGGUCGUUCCCGGUUUCAUCAAUUUUGAUCACAUCACAUCACAUUGGCCUCUACAGUAUCACACUCAGACAAGGCCCCGCUGUUGGCCGUCACCUUGAUACAUACUAUUAUCCCUGCUACUCGUGAAAUUGCGCUCAGGUCCCUAGCUAAUAUUCCCUGGAAUUUGAACACCUGGUGGCGCCUCAAUCUCUAAUCAUUGUCUCUCAAGAGCCUCUCACAGCCCAGCCCUGGCUUUCGAGCCUCGCUAUUAGCCUAGGGGUCUCCCUCGGCUCCAUCGAGAACUCCAUCCAAGAGGCUCAUUGUUCAGAGGCCAUCCAUAUCCAUAUCCGCACCCAUGGCUACUAUCAUGGGUCAUCAACCCCAAGUCCACCGUGCCACUAACGAGGCCCUGGCCUCUCCAGGGCCCGAGGCCAGCCAGGAUGUUAAUUUCAUCGAGCCCAAUUCUGAUACACGUCCCUCUUCGAUCCCCUCUCCCUCUCCGUCAUCUCGAGGGAUUCUUCAAGAGCUUCCAGCUGAUCAAGUUCAUAACAAGAGUCUCGCUUGGAACUCGUCUCGAAGGGAGAACAACCAAAACCAGCAAUUGUACUUGAAGACUGGUCCUAUCAAGCUGCCGACAAAGACGAACCCAUCUCGAGGGCCACGGCGCUCACUCAUUGAUUCUGACAGCUUCGAACUCCUCGAUGCGGUUCCUGAAGAAUCAAUUGAAUCCAGCGACUCUGAUACUGCGCCCAGUGGGCUUUCAUCCUUAAUUUCACACAAGUUACGCUCUCCAGGAACCACUGUCAAUUCACACCCGUUGUUGGAUGCAGAGCCUCAAAUCGGACACAACUUUGAGAGUCAUCUAGCAGGUCAGUUUGAAUGGCUUCUGGCGUUUCCAGUGCCAGCAAGUACCGCCAAGGACCACGGCUCUUCCGACGACAGUGAGAACGAUCGCCACGACGUCGAGAUCGCGGUUCAUGGCUGCACUUUGCUGUCACGCCGUCCGAACCCCGCCGGCAAUUCCGAAGCUGACGUCUUCAAUCUUCUAGCCACACCAUUGAUUGCUGAGGAGUAUCUGGCUUUGGGAUUUGAUCCUUCUCAAGUUAAGAUGGCAUUGCCUCCGCCUCCAGCAUAUGAGCUUCAUCAAAAUGUCCCACUUAAGAUUCCCGAGGUCAUCGAGACAGUAGAGCCUGUUUCGCCCUCUCUUACUUUGAUUAGUGAGAGAGGCAGUAGUUACGCAGGCUCCUCUAGGACCGGAUCCUUCUCGGUGCCUCGAAUCGAGGACUCUUUCGAGGAACUUGAUAAACUUGAGGAUGAGCUCGAAGCCAUUAAGGCUUUCACCCAACCACAACGCAUUCCCGUGCCUGAGAAUACUGCGCCCAGUAAUAAACAUCUCGAGCCACCCUCCACGGGUAAGAAGCCGACCGUUUCGAAGAGAGCAUCAGUCAUCGGCAUGUCUUCCACAGUCCGUAUCAAGCAGACUGAGAGACCACAGCUCCCUCUUCGACGAUCAACCUCUCUGGUAUUUAGAGACAAGAAGCAGGACGACUCUGACAAUAUGCCAAAUUUGAAACCACAGACUGCACGCGGAAAGCUGACCAACUCUCAAUCCGCACCAUUGAAGGCGCCUGUCAAGUCUACGAAGCCUCCUACUGUCCCCAACUUUGAGCUUCCUGGUGAGGCUGUCUCUCGACGCCUGAAGGAACAGCGCGAGGCUCGUCGAGCCCAACAGGCUGAGGCUCAGAAAGCUUAUGCGCCUCCUCCGAGACCAAAGUCUAGUAAACCACUUACCAAGCCGAACUUCGAGCUUCCGGGGGAGGCGAUCUCUCGCCGUAAGCGUGAGGAGCGUGAGGCCCGGCUCAAGGCACAAGAAGAAGAGGAACAAAAGAAGCGGGAGUUCAAAGCGAGGCCUGUGCGUCAUAGUUUAAUGCCAGGUAGCAUUCCGCGAGAAACGAUUACCAGUCUUGCUCGACAAGGCAAGCUCCCGCAAGACGAGGCAACUAAGACAUCAACCUCAACAAAAGUAAAGCGGAUGUCAAUGCAGGGCCCAAGACCACCCACCAUGUCAGAGGCUCCGAUUACCCAGAGUCGAGGUCGCCUUUCCACUGCUACAUCACGAGAAGAUCUUAGCCGGGCCACCUCAACUUCUACAGGAAGCGGCGGUGGAAAGCGAACUACACUCACUGCAGAAGAGGCUUAUCAACUGAGACUUCGUGGGAAGGAGAUUUUUCAGCGAGACAACACAAGCUUCACACGAGACAGGGAGCGUGAGAGGCGCGAACGUGAAGAAGCAACACGCCUUGCUCGCGAGCAGGCUGCGGAGCGCUCUAGAAUUGCGAGCAGGGAAUGGGCAGAGAAGAAACGACGUAAGGAGUUGGCCAUGCUGGAGUCCCUAAAGGGACACUGAUCGUUUUGAAGACAGGCAAGUGCUUGGUCUCACAUUUUGCAAAGGCCUUUUCUCGUGGAGUAGAGGCAUUUCUUACUCCCUAAUUAUUUGCCUUAAGCCUGGAGUUUGGAAGGCUUGGAGUUAUAGCACUGGUUAUGUGCACUUUUGUUAUUGCGAUAUUGUUGCUUCGAAGGUUUCUAUCUUUAGGCGUUUGCCCGUUGGUUUCGAAGGACAUUGGCGUACCAGAGAACAUUCACGCAGCCAGAGAUUGUACCGCUGUACGCUGCUGCAAAACGUAGUUUCAGAGACUAUCAUCAGAUCAUAAAAUCAC